CGUUUGACCAGCUUCGGUAGUCAGUCGCCAAGUGAACUUCAGCGAAUAUUGAUCGCUCCAUUCAAAGAGUGUGAAGUGUGUGUUCUAUUGAGUGAAAUAUUAUUGCAAAAAUGAGAUUGCAGUAUUUGCUGCUAGUCCUGACGCUAAUUGGUUGCCAAUUGGCGGUCAAUGGUCAGGAUGCGAGAGCCACAGUUAUAUCAGGAGACGAGGCAGCAGCCACUGUUGAUGCCUUGGGAGAGAAGGGCGAUGAUGCGUCCACAACCAAUACGGAGGAUAAGCCACAGAUACCAAGUCAGGAUGCGAUAUUGGCCCAAUUGCCGCCCAUAACCCCGUUGCGCAGUGGAAUUCCUUCAUUGGAUGCCUUCUACAUGCUAUUCCCUGCUUUGGGCAGUCUCCUACGUUGGGGUAGCCUCUUCCCGGCUCACACAAUUCUCGGAGCUGUGCCAGAUUCCCUGCCAAAUGUGUCCACUCAGCCGCAAGCGGCAGCCUCGAAAGUUGUCCUCGUUUUGGCCGAUGAUGCCCAGGCCAAGUCACGUGUUGCCCGUCAAAAUGCUGGAACUCCGGCCUUGAAUGGCCCCGAUAUGUUCACUUCGCUGUUGGGACAAAUGGCACCACAAAAUCUUGGUCAGAUGAUGAGUCCCGAAAGUUUGGGACAAUUCGUGCCACAAGUGGGUCAGGCUUUGCAGAAUUUCCAAUUGCCGCAAGGAUUGCCAUUCCAAGGAUUGGAUAACUUUUUAGGUGCCCCACUACCAGUGUUGGGAGCACCACCACCAACUCCAGCCCCGGCACCUACACCCAAAGCGGCCAGUGAUGAUCCGGCACCCGCACCAGCAACUCCACCAGCGGGUUCCUUUGCAGCAUUCUUUAAUCCUUCGAAUUUCGAUGCCCCCGGUCUUUUGGGUCAAAUGCAGGCGCAGCUUCCACCACUUCCAGCUGCACCAGCUGGUACCCCUGACUUUAUGGCUGGCCUUCGUCAAUUCUGGCCAGGAGCUGCAGCUUCAGGAGGAGCCGCUGGAUCUGAUGCCCAAGCUUCGGACAUAUCUGAGGUGCGUGUUAAGCCAGGUGAGCAGUUGGCUCAAUUGAAAAUCAAAACGCCACAGGAUCUGGACCAGGACAAAGAGCAGGAAAACGUUCCCCUGCUAUGGUUCCGUUUGCCCAUAAGCCAGGAGGAGAGUUCGGAGAAGGACAAAACCACCGAGGAUCUGCGCAUCAAGAACAAACUUCAGGCCUUCGAACGUCAGGUGAUUAGCGAAUUGAAGCUGCUGCAGCAAAUCGAACGUCUGGCCAAGGAGAUGCGUGCCCAGGCCAGUGCCCAAGGAGCCUCUCCCUACAAGCUCAACUAUCCACUGAGCCGUACUCCUGUUCAUAAGAUAACUCGGGCGGAUAUUGAGCGAGCUUUGCGUGAUGAUUAUGUGCGCCGUCUACUCCACAAGGAGGCGCAACGCAAGUCCUGGAUUGGUCAAAAAGCCAAAUACAUUCGCGACGAGGCAGCUGGAAAAGAAACGGGAGCUGCAUUGAAGCGUCAGACCAAUCUGUCCAAAGAUGAAAUUAUCAAGAUGAUGGCCUAUGCCUAUCGUAUGGCCAACGAACAGCAGCAACAAGCAGAGGAGAAGGCAAAGGAGGAUAAAAUAUAUGCCGCCUACAGGGCCACCACACAACAGACAGGCAAUGAUCACAAAGCCAAGAUGAUGCGACAAAUGGCAGAGGAUGAGGGUAAACAGCAACAACAGCAACAGCAACAGGCGGAGCAGAAUCCCAUGAUGAUGCGCCAAAUAACUGAGGAGCAGGCUAGGCAACAGAUGGCACAGAAUCCCAUGAUGAUGCAACAGCGCCAAAUGUCAGAAGAUCUAGCUAGACAACAGGCGGCUCAAAACCCCAUGAUGAUGCAGCAACGUCAAAUGGCUGAGGAACAGGCCAGACAGCAAAUGUCACAGAACCCCAUGAUGAUGCAACAGCGCCAAAUGGCCGAAGAUCUAGCUAGACAACAGGUAGCUCAAAUGAUGCAACAGCGUCAAAUGGCUGAGGAGCAGGCUAGGCAGCACAUGGCACAGAAUCCCAUGAUGAUGCAGCAACGUCAAAUGGCUGAGGAACAGGCCAGACAACAAGCAGCUCAAAACCCCAUGAUGAUGCAACAGCGUCAAAUGGCUGAGGAUCAGGCUAGGCAACAGAUGGCACAGAAUCCAAUGAUGAUGCAACAGCGUCAAAUGGCAGAAGAUCUAGCCAGACAACAAGCAGCUCAAAACCCCAUGAUGAUGCAGCAACGUCAAAUGGCUGAGGAACAAGCCAGACAGCAAAUGGCACAGAAUCCCAUGAUGAUGCAACAGCGUCAAAUGGCAGAAGAUCUAGCUAGACAACAGGCUGAACAGAAUCCCAUGAUGAUGCAGCAACGUCAGAUGGCGGAGGAGCAAGCCAAGAUUCAACAAAUACAAAUGCAGCAGCGUCAGAUGGCCGAAGAGCAGGCCAGACAACAACAACAGCAACAACAGGCAGCUCAGAAUCCUACAAUGAUGAUGCAGCAACGUCAGAUGGCAGAGGAAAAGGUCGGAAAUCCUCAGGAACAGAGCUCACUGGACGAACAGAAGUGGACGGACGAUAAGUUGAGGGCCAUGCAGCAGCUUGGCAACAUGGCGGAAGAUCAACCACGGGAUGCUAUUGUGGGUGAAGCUGAACCCCAGAUGCCCGAAAAUGCUGGCCAAGCACGUCAUAAAGUUGAUCCCCUCGGUCUGGGCGGUAACAAGCGCAAGAAGUCGAAAUCAAAUGCAUCGCCCACAAUAAUAAACUACUAUCAGUCAGCCAGGCCCAGCUAUGCCCCAAGCUAUGCUCCCAGCUAUGCCCCAAGCUAUGCCCCAAGCUAUGCCCCAAGCCAUGCCCCGAGCUAUGCGCCAAGCUAUGGCACUAGCUAUGGAAAUGGUGGCUAUGGAUCAAAUGCCUAUGGACCCGCACAGUCCGGAGGCUAUAGAUCGGCUGCCUUGGGCAAUGACGAAAUCGAUGCGAUGCUGCGCCGACAUCGUACAAUGGCGACAAUAAACCAGCCAGAUGACCAGCGGGAGAGGCAAAAGGAGAUGACACCACAGUCAGCAGCACCAACAGCAGCAGAGGUGGCAGAAGCUCCAGCAGCUCCACAUCAUAUACAGAAAAGUCUAACAUCAACAUCAAUGAUAUCAUCAUCUGAACGAUCAUCUAAGGGCGACGACGAUCCAUCAUCACCCACAGUGGGUUCUCUAUUCGGCUUUAGCGAUGGACUCUUGCAGCCAUAUAUGGGUCUUUUGCCCAUCAGUCAACCGAAUGAUCCCUGGACAUAUAAGGCAUAUGAUCCACAGCAUGCCCUCUAUACGGGCGGCGGUAGUUAUGCCUCAUAUCUGAAAGAUGAUGGUGAGGCACGGCGACGUCGUGAUACCCACAUUAUGCCACAGAGCACUGCGACACCACAUCAAAUGCUUACACCGGGCAUGCUGGAGCGUUUGUUGCGCAUCAAAAAUGAGUUCCAGCGACGUUUUCCUCAACUCUACAAGGGUAUGCUAUAUCAUCAUACGAAUCGAACACGUGUGGAGGUCAAGCCACCGUUGUUGGUUAAGAAAAAGGGGACAGAGAAGCCAGUGUUUGAGUUGGGGGCAGCGGAGAAGGGACUCGAGGGGCAAGAUAUUAAUGCUGAUGCCGAUGAGGAGGAGGAUGCCAAAAAUGAACCAAAGGAGUCCAAUGAUAUUAGUGAAAAUACGGAUAACAAGGAUAAUGAUGUCGACUAUUUUCAUUUCGAUGAGGAUGACCAUGAUGAUGAUAAUGAUGAUGGUGAUAUAUAAUUUGUUGAUAAUUUGACUUUUGAUGUUUAAAAAAAUGAAAUAAACUCUAACGAAAUAAUAUGAAAAUUA